AUGUACUCAGAUGGAAGGGACCCGGAGUUGACUAUUGUCGUGAAUCACGCCCCUCCUUCAGUCGAAUUCUCACCUAUAUCGACUCUUCCACCUGAAUUAUUAUCAUCUAUCUUCAUCUUGGCUCGACCCCAGUCACGAUUUCCCCCUGUCCUCCCUUUCGAAGUAGUGAUCAGCCAUGUAUCAAGAUACUGGAGAGAAGUCGCUUUGUCCACUCCGCAGUUAUGGAACAAGAUAUACAUCUAUUCGUCCGCGUCCACCAAAUGGAUACGACCUUAUCUUCGAAGAUCAGGUUGCCACAUUCCUCUGGAUGUAUACAUCGACGUUUACAGAGCAGACCGGCCUCGUCUUCCAGGCGAAAACAGUAGUCGGAGAUCGAACCAGUUGAAGGCUGCGACAAUCCCUCUCCUCCUCCACUUCGACAGAAUCCGCCGUGUCUCUAUUCUUUGCCAUCAUGAAUCCACCGCCCUAGCCCUCUUAUCAGGGUUUGUCAACCCCAUGCCUCGCCUCGAGUCGUUCAAGGUUAGAUACGACUACAUCUCUCCGACCGCCGACCAGAGGUCACAUUUCUCCCUCUUCGGUGGGAGCUCGCCCCAGCUAGCAUUCCUUGAGACAGAUAUGCCCAACAUUCUCCCGGCCUCAAUGAUGCUCGACAAACUGACCACACUGUAUCUCCACAACCUCUCACAAGGCGUCGGUUUCGAUUUCCGGUCUUUCGCCCGCAUCCUGACGUCCCCUCCCAACCUCCGCAACCUCUCGCUCAACGGGUCCAUCAACUCUCACACCUGGCCCGUGCACCAUGCAUCGCCCAAAUUCACGAUGAAGAACCUGCAGGCGCUUCGCCUGCUCGACGACGGUCCAACGGCCAUGCGAAUGCUGUUGUCAGUCUCAGCUCCAAAGCUCGAGUCACUGUGGCUCGAUUGCUCCUUCGACAGCUUCCAGGCCGUCUUCGACUCUCCUCAGUUCAACGGCAAGCCCAAGUUCCCUAACCUGCACUACCUGACGAUCCAAACCGACAACCUCUUCCUCUCCGAGAGGUUCUCGAAGUUGUUCCCUACUAUCACACAUCUUCACCUUCCGUACCCCGAUUUCUACCGCCAUGUUCUUCACCUGGAGAACGCGCUUGUCGGCCGCUGGAGAGGAGUCCAUACGCUAGUGUUGACGAUGUACCGCGAGAGGAACGAACAGAGGCUGGUCGCGACUCUCUUGGGCCUCCUACCGAUGCGUCGUAACUCUGGGCGCCCGCUCAAAUCGUUGCUGGUUGACCAAGAUCACCUCAAGGUGCUAAGGGCUCCGCCUCGCCUUUCUUCUCAGGUUGACCUUCAGCUUGUCAGUCCUGAGAAUUAUCAAGAAGUCUGGUGGAAUUUAAAUGAACACAGCCAGGCCGAGGACUAA